AUGGAGACGCUCCAGGGGCUGCUGCUGUGGAUGCUGCUGAGUGUUGGCGGGGUCUGGGCAUCCAGGGGGCCACUGCGGCCACUGUGCCGGCCCAUCAACGCCACUCUGGCUGCUGAGAAGGAGGCCUGCCCCAUCUGCAUCACCUUCACCACCAGCAUCUGUGCCGGCUACUGCCCCAGCAUGGUGCGGGUGAUGCCAGCUGCCCUGCCGGCCAUUCCCCAGCCAGUGUGCACCUACCGUGAGCUGCGCUUUGCUUCCAUCCGGCUCCCCGGCUGCCCGCCUGGUGUGGACCCCAUGGUCUCCUUCCCCGUGGCCCUCAGUUGUCACUGCGGGCCCUGCCAGAUCAAGACCACUGACUGCGGGGUUUUCAGAGACCAGCCCUUGGCCUGUGCCCCCCAGGCCUCCUCUUCCUCUAAGGAUCCCCCAUCCCAACCUCUCACAUCCACAUCCACCCCAACUCCUGGGGCCAGCAGACGUUCCUCUCAUCCCCUCCCAAUAAAGACUUCUUGAACUACACACU